AUGCAUCUUUCAACCCUCAUAGGCGGGUUAUGCGCGGUUAGCGGGCUAACCCUGACCCAGGCCGCUGAGACCAGCUCGGUUAUUGAAGCCGAUGAUUUCAGCAUCACCGGCGCACUAGGAGAUCUCGGUGUGGAUGUCUCGAAAAUUCCCGCAUUGGAGUCGUUCGCUGCCAUUGAGACACGAUCAACCGAUAAGGCCUGUGCAGCUGCAUGCGCAAGUUUGAGUUUCCUUUUUGGCUCCCAAGUCGCUGCCCAGCAGACUACUGGGUAUAGCAACUUCACCAGCUCAUUCUGGUCUGUGCAGCAAGAAGAGGUCCAGCCUCAUUGCGUCUUCCGUCCUAUCAAGAACACGGAAGUCAGUACUGCAGUUUUGCUCUCUCGUUUGACUGGUUGCGAGUUUGCCGCGCGCAGUGGUGGCCAUGCUGCCUUUACCGGUGCUUCUAGCGCCCCUGGCGGAAUCAGUAUUUGGUUUAAGGAUAUGAAUGCCGUUACCCUUAACACUGACAAGACGGUUGCUUCUGUUGGGCCUGGAAACAAUUGGCUAACCACCUACUCUGCCCUCGAAUCCCAUGGAUUAGCUGUUAUUGGAGGUCGUGCUUCUAGCAUUGGUGUUGGUGGUUUCGUUUUGGGCGGUGGAAUCUCCUACCACUCCAACCUGUACGGAUGGGCUUGCGACAAUGUUGAGAGCUUUGAGGUCGUUACUGCUAGUGGUAUGAUUGUAACCGCAAGCGCAACUUCAUACCCUGACCUGUACUGGGCUCUGCGCGGUGGCGGAAACAACUUUGGUCUUGUCACAAAGUACAACCUGUACACCAUCCCCUCGCCAAAGUUAUACGGUGGUUCCAGGACUUUCCUCCAGACUGAGUUUCCCGAGGUUAUCAAUGCCUGGAUUAAUGUCAUCAACAAUGCCACCAUUGACGGUAACGCCCAGCAAUACGUCGCCUUCCUCCGGACCCAAGAAAUGAACAUUGCCUCCGCCGAAUUGACAUACGUAAAGAACGACCCCAACCCCGAGAUCUACAAGCAAUACAGAAGCAUUCCGGCCAUUUCAGACACAUCCAGUGCCAAGACUCUUGUUGAGUACGUCGAGUACCUCGAGACCUCGAACCCAUUCGGUCUUCGCGAGGUGUACUGGCCUAUCAGCGCGGCUCUCGACGAGAAAUUUGCGAAUUGGGUGGUGGACCUCUUCUACUCGAUGAUCCCAGACGUGGCUAAUGUCGCCGGCGCCCAGCCCGUGCUCAUCUACCAGGGUAUAACCGAGCCCAUGUUGAACAACAUGAAGAACCACGGAGGUAAUCCUCUCGGACUUGCUGGGUCCUCUGGCCCUGUUCACCUUUUGCACAUUUCCUGCUGGUGGAAGAACAAGUCUGAUGACCAGACUAUCUACGCGUUUGUCAACAAGUUCAUGGAUAAGGUCAUUUCUGAGGCUAAAACCCUCGGCAUUUUCGAUGAAUACGUCUAUAUGAACUACGCCAGCAUGUUCCAGGAUGCCAUCGCUGGGUAUGGUGCUGCUAACAAGGCUCAGCUGAAGAAGAUUGCGAAGAAAUAUGACCCCAGGGAGGUUUACCAGACUCUCCAGCCCGGUUACUUCAAGCUUGAUCGUGCCCCCGUGACCCCGUCCUUCUAG